AUGAUGGAAAAGAAGUGGAUAAAAGCAGGGUCCACAAAACUUAAACCCGGAACCCAGGCUCUGGAUCCUGCGAACUUCGAGCAAGGACCGUGGGACCCAAACCUGUGGAUUAGGGAAGGUAUAUUACGAGACAUGAAGGACGUAGGACAGGAAUUUUUUAAAUAUAUGGAAGAAGGGUAUGACGAGGCGGUAUUGGCACAAUCGUGUGGGGACACGGGUUGGACUGAUCAGAUACCAGGUGUCCCUACUGUCGGCCAAACUCCGGGUGAUAGGCUCCAAUGUAAGUUUAUGGUGGGCGCAUUAUUUUUCAUGAAUGCGUGGGGGCUGGGUGAACAUGGGGGAUACGAUGCUUCGGCCGUAGCAACCAGAUUACACACAUAUAUAAGGUGUAUAAUUGUGAAUGUAUUUAUGUUUCAGUUAAUGAAAGCAAACUGUGGGAGAAAUCACGGUAUACGACAGGCAUUGCGCAUAUUUGAACCCUUUAUGGCCAUUGUGCCUAAUGGUGUUAAUCUUAACAUGUGUACCUGGGUGGUUAAUAAUGACCUGAAAGUAGGAGGCAAAGUAAUAGGCGCAGAAUUUGAUGAAUGGAUAAUGGGCAAUGCAAAAAUGAAGGCGAAGAUGAACAAGUUACAGAAAUCUGCAAGAUGCACAAGCAGGGGGACACAGACAUCAAACAAUGGCCAGGGGAGUAUACAUUUAUUGCAGGCAGGACACGUGCGCAACGCCAUGGCGACAGGAAUGACGCGUAUAUUACAGAAAGUACGGAAGAGAGUAAAGACACUACGGAGGCCAGUUCCUUCCGAAGACGACGAUGAUGACGAAGAUGAGGACGAUGAAGAAGACCACGAUGAUGAUGAUGAGGAUGCAGAAGAGAAGGAUACGAAUGGUAAGAACAGUACGAAUACGACUCGUGCCGCGGCAAAGCCGGCGGCAACGAAACCACAAGCACCUGCAUCUCCAGUAUUACCAGCACCUGCAGCAGGGGCCACGGCACAAGGAGCAGCCGGCCAAGGACCAGGCCCAGCACCUGCAGGACCAGGCCCUGGACAGCAACCCCCACCUCCACCACCAGACAACGACGCUACCGAAGCUGGAGCCGCAGCAGUAACGCCAGCGUCGAAGGAUACGAAAGAAACAGGUAAGGAAUAUGUACCUGAGGAUGAUGAACUAGUUAAUGUUAAACUUAGAGGAAGUUCUGGUUCUAUAAGUGUAGUUACCUCAACUACUUAUAACAGUGGAGCACCCUCGCAGGAGGACAUGGAGCAAUACGGAAACACCACAGAUCCACAAUCAACAGGACCUGAUAGUCCCCCCGGUUCCUCGGUGAACACCAGUACGGAUGACCCCCCUCCUCUCAAUCCACCCAAACCAAAACCGAAUCCGAACCCAGAUCAGGCGGGUUCCACAGGCAGUGUCCCCGAUGGCCGGGAUAGUACUGAAGCCAUUUCCCCGUCUCCCGCAGGCAGUCCAAGUGAGCAAGCGCCUGCAGUUGUUGCUGCCGCUGAUGGUGUUUCUGGUGGGGAAGGCAAGGGAGGUGCUGAUGGAGCACGUCAACCGGGUUCCUCUGGACCCGGUUCCACUGGUCCCCAAAACCCCGGUUCAUCUGGUCCAGGUUCUGCGGGGACAGGAUCAACUGGUACUAAGGGCACCGGUUCUUCUCCUUCCGGUGGUCCAAGUCAAGGAGUUCAUGACCCACCUCAACCUCCCCUUCCUUCCCCGAAACCCUUCGACCCUCGCGAUCUCAUCCCGCACACCCCUGCGAUCAUUCCCGAGGCGGUUGGUAUUGCGAUCAUUGCGUUCUUGGCAUGGAAGUACUUUGCGCACCUCGCCAAGCGACGACGAACAUAUCGAACCGUUCGUGACGUGCCGUCACCGCCACUCGACGAAGAAAUUCUAGACCAUCUACAACGUGGCGAACUGCCGCCACCCGAUUACGGUUACACCAUGGUUAAGGCCACGCAACCUGCGUCUGCUGCCGCACGCCGCGGACCACGCCCACCACGCGCGCAUAAACGCACGAUCAUCGAACUACAUCUAGAAGUGCUCAACGAAUGUGAAGCAGCCGCGUGGGAUACGGUGAAAGACGACUAUUUGCAAAUACUCGUUGAAGAGUUUAUGGGGGGCAACAACACCUGUACAAGUAGCUCCGACGUCUGUACCCCAGACGACGGUUUAGCAACCCAGGACUCAACAACAAACGCCGCUUCACCAACGCGCGAUACACCCACCGAUGCCGACGGAACGGAUGCAUGCCCAUUGAAUGAGCCCGAUCCAUGGAGUUGUAUGGAAUCCAUACAGCUAGAAACGGACACUUCUCCACCGAAUGACCCCGAUCCAUGGAAUUGUAUGGAAACCAUGCAGUUAGCACCGGACACUUCUCCACCCAAAGAAGAUGACCCAUGGAGUUGUAUGGAACCCAUACAGUUACCAACGGAACCUGGUCAACCGAAUGAACACGACCCCGAUCCAUGGCGUUGUAUGGAACCUAUAGAGUUCGAAACGAAUGCAUGUCCAUUGCAUGACCCCGAUCCAUGGAGUUGUAUCGAAACCAUACAGUUAGAAACGCACCCUUGUGCACCGACUGCACACGACCCCGAUCCAUGGAAUUGUAUGGAAACCAUACACAACAUGGUAUACCUAAACCAAACACAAACAUCGACGAUCAACGUUCCACAAGGAACUUCGCCAUCCCAAAAUGGCAAAGCACAUUCCGCAUCUAGUAAAGGAAGUAAAACACAUGACAAACAGGCGCAUAGGUCCUUCUUCUCCAAAACAGCGGCUCUCCUUGUUAUUGUUGCUUUGUAUAUCUUUUUAAAGCACCAGCAUGACCUCCAGACACAGAAUGUUGCUACUUCUACAUUACAAAUAAAGAACAAUGUUUCUAGAAAUUUAGCCAUGACAAGAGAAGAAGCAACUCCAUCAGAAGAGGAACUUGAAUUAGAUCCAAUGGUAUUCGAACAGUAUGAGGAUGCUGAACAAACCUAUGAAGAACCCUACGAAGAUGUUGAAGAACCUUAUGCAGGACCCUACGACGAUAUCGAAGGAGUAUAUUCUGACGAACUGUGGGAUGAAGCAGGAGAAGAGGAUGAUUAUGAAGAGCAGGAAGAAGAAUGGACACCAGAGGUACAAGAGGAGCAAGAGGAGCAAGAGGAGCAAGAGGUACAAGAGGAGCAAGAGGAGCAAGAGGAGCAAGAGGUACAAGAGGUACAAGAAGAAGUGCAUUAUGAUGGAGAAGGAAACAUAGAACAUGAUUCAAGGGAAGAAGAAUAUUUUGGAGAGGAGGACGAGGUACAAGAUGAAGUAUACUCUGAUGAAGACCUAGAAGAGCAAGUUGCGAGGGACAAAGCAGAAUCUGCUGGGAGACAAAUAGAAGCUACUGCGGCUACAGGAGAAGCUGAAGAAUCGGCUGAACAAGUAAAGAACACAGAAGGUGACACUAUAUCUAAUAACACUCAAUACUUUAAGAAAUUCCUGGAAGGAUAUAUGCACAUAGAUUGUGAUGUCAAAGAAAAGAAACAGGUGGAGGAGAACAGUAAGGGGCUAGGAUAUUCAAUUAAAAAAAACUUAAACAAACAUGCUGGAAAUAUACUGCAGAAAUAUGAAGAAAUAUUGCCAAAAAAUAGUGAAAGAUCAUUAAGAUAUGAUAAAAAAGAUCAUAUAGAUUCUACAGAUGAAAUAGAUGAAUUAUUAUUUGGAGAUUUUAAAAACUUAGAAAAAUAUGGAAUCGAUAGAACUAGUGCUUUCAGCUACGAAACGUCUUGUUUCGAUGGAAGAUUGAGAGACUCUGAAAUAAAUGAAAAAUUACAACAAAUUGAAGAAGAACCUCAUAAAUGGGAAUUACUGUCUCUAUACUGGCAAUCCUACAGAAAUGAAAGAAGUAAAUAUCUUGCUCUUAAAAAAUCUUUGCAAGAAAAAUUUUUAGAAGUAAAAAACAAACAAUCCGCUCUAACUUUCCGAAUAUAUAGCGGCGUAUGGAAAAAAUGUGCAAAGGUAGUUCGCAAUAAUUUUACAAAACAACACGAACAUGUUAAUGAUGUAUUUUAUACCCUUAUAGCAAAGGAAAAAUUGAGCAGAGAUGAAUUCAAAGAAAUUCUAAAUGACUUUAGAGCUUCAUGGAAACAAGUCACCACUAAGACAGCAGAGGAAUGUAUGGCCCUGAUUAAAGAACCAAUUGUCCUAAAAGUCGUAUACGUCGAGAAUGACCCUUAUACCACUGGGAUAAGGGCUGCAAGUACCUAUUUUGUGAGUGUCCCAUUCUUUCCUUGCGUGAAUAAUACAUAUGUAAAUCAAGAAUUAUUAAUAAAAUAUGAAUAUAUUGAAUCAAUCACCUCCUUAACUAUAUGA